AAUCACUCAUGGUUUACCAUAUCCCAAUAAUCUGGAGACAGCUCAAUUGCUCGAGGAUACUGUACGAAGCGAAGGUAGUGUGCCGGCUACCAUAGCUCUUCUCGACGGAAAGGUUCAUAUUGGUCUCUCAAGUGAUCAACUAGCCAAAGUCGCAGAGUCUAAGGAGGCGGUGAAGGUGUCACGUAGGGACAUAGCCUAUGCUCUCAAUAAGAAACUGAUUGGAGGAACUACGGUAGCUGCCACCAUGUAUUUGGCAAAUAUGGCCGGAAUUCGAAUAUUUGCAACUGGUGGUAUCGGCGGUGUCCACAGAGGAGUCGACCAAACACUGGACAUCUCAGCGGACCUGAUCGAGCUGAUGCGUACACCUGUGACUGUGGUCUGUGCAGGAGUGAAGAGCAUCCUGGACAUUCCGAAAACUGAAACGCAUUCGGUCAAUUGCAUAGUUUUUGGCAAACGCAACGUCUUUCCUGGCUUUUUCACACAAGAAUCGCAAGCCAAGGGGCAAUACUGCACUGAAGAUCUCAGUGACGUCGUCAGAAGCAUAGAGAUAUCCGACGCCUUGAGACUGGAAGCAGGUACCGUUCUCGCGUGUCCUAUUCCGGAAGCGCUCCAAGGCGAUGGGAGAAGUAUCGAAAACGCUAUUCAGGAGGCACUGAAUGAAGCCAAGUCUAAGAACAUCGUUUCUAAAGAAGUUACACCAUUUUUGCUGUCACGAGUAAAUCAGCUGACCGAUGGUCAAUCAAUGAAAAUAAAUAUCGGCCUACUGGAGAAUAAUGCCCGAAUCGGUGGUCGAUUAGCAAGACUUCUGUCCGAAUCAAAAACAUCUCGUAUCACAACAGUGAGGAAAUCGAAGGACAAACAGUCGACGACGGAGAAACGGCCAAAAAUAGUCGUCAUCGGAGCAACUAUCAUUGAUGUAGAGUCGAUAAGCAACGAGGACGUGCAGGUACGCUUUUUUGCUGCCUAA